AUGGAGGGUCUGCCCUCAGGUUAUCGUCCCAACGUUGGAGUGUGUCUAAUCAAUGAUGAUAAUAUGGUCUUUGUAGCUUCCAGACUGAAUGUUCCUGGUGCAUGGCAGAUGCCCCAGGGGGGGAUUGAAGACAGUGAGGAUCCAAGAUCUGCAGCAAUUAGAGAAUUGAGAGAAGAAACUGGAGUAGUGUCUGCUGAAAUAAUUACUGAGGUACCAAAUUGGUUAAGCUAUGAGUUCCCUCCUGCUGUGAAGGCCAAAGUGAAUCGUCUUUGGGGAGGAGAAUGGCAUGGACAGGCACAAAAAUGGUUUCUUAUGAGAUUGACAAAAGAUGAAAGUGAAAUCAACCUAGCAAAUGGUGAAACAGAUCCAGAAUUCUCAGAAUGGAAAUGGGCAACCCCCGAAGAAGUCGUUGAGCAGGCAGUGGACUACAAGCGGCCAACGUACGAGGAAGUUGUGAGAACCUUUCGACCUUACUUGGUUGGCGCUGGACAAGCUACAAAAUGCUAUUCUACAAAAUGGUGA